AUGUGGCGUUCCAUUGCUCUAGCUUUAACUGUUUUCUCGUCAAGAGUUGCAUCCCAUCCGGAUAUAUCAGCAACAUGUUUCGGUACUGUACAAAUUAAAGUUCCUAUUCAAUACAUGUUUAUACAACUGAGUAACAAUGGUGAAAAUUAUACUCGCUCACUUGGACCUUUAAGCUAUUCUCUGAAAGGAGAUGGAUGUGUCUUUUCCUCCGAAAUGGUUGACAGAGAAGAUGGUUUGUACAUACUUCGUUUCCAUCGGAUGACAUAUUGCGAAAACUUCGAAGUUUCUAUCAGUAUAAACAACACGCAGCUCUGUGAUUCUCCGUUCGUCGUAGAAAAUAAUGUUCAGGAUGACUGUGAUUGCCCACAAUCAAUGGAUAAAUGGCUUCAACACGCUCAAUGUGAUGAAGAAGAACAGAUAAAGGAAGACCUCGAUCAAUACGAACGGAUUAACUUCACAAACAACUUAUCUAAAAGUAUUCAAAAUUGGGGACGCGAAGAGAUGUCGAGAACCUAUUCUUUCUGUCAUUACCAAAUAAUAAGCAAUAAAGUAUAUCGCAAAUGUUAUGGAGAAUACACAGAUUUCCGGAUUUUCGUCGACGAAGCAUUGCUCUCUAUACUCUCGAUAUCCGAGUUACCGAAUACUGAGUUUCUCUUUAACUUGGGAGAUUACCCGUUAUCUAGAAAAGGAUUCGAAGAUGAUGUUGCUAUAAUUAGCUGGUGUGGAUCGACGCUCACCAACGAUAUAGUUGUUCCAACAUACUUCUUCGCUAACUAUCACAUGGCAAAAAACUUUGGUAGUCAUUCAAUGCAUUCCAUCGGUUUACCCAGAAUUCCAUGGAUUGAAAAAAGUCCAAAAGUAGUGUUCCGUGGAAGAGAUUCAAAUGAGAUCAGAAUUGAGUUAGCUGAAAAAGCAUUGCACAACGAACUGAUGGAUGUGGGUAUAACCACUUACUUUUUUUUCCACGAAACCUCAAACCCUCCUACGAAGCCCAGAAUGAACUUCAAUGAUUUUUUCAAGUUCCGAUAUGUGUUGUCCAUAGAUGGAACAGUGGCGGCUUAUAGGUUACCGCUCCUAUUAGCUGGUGACUCUAUCAUCUUGAAAUCAAACUCUCCUUACUACGAGCAUUGGUAUUCUAAAUUAAAAGCUUUCAAGCACUUCAUACCUUUCGAGGUGGAAAAUUUCGAAGAGAUAAUCGAGUCAUUGAAAAACUUACAUCACGAAAAGAUAUUAGAAGAGAUGAGAACGUUUUAUUUGAAUAAUUUACAAAGUAAAAACUUUUAUUGUUACUACAUCAAACUAAUGAAGGAAUAUUCUGUUAAACUAGUCGAUCCACCAAAAGUACCUUCUGAAAAACUUGAAUUGUUGGAAGGCAGUAGCAGAGGAUUUUGUAAAUGCAAGCAGACGAGAAGGACGGAAUUGUGA